AUGAACCUGCAACAAGCUAUACGGCGACUCUUCUCAGUCAACACACAAUAUUCACUGUCUGAAGACGCUACCUCUAGAAGCCACGUCGUCGCUCACAAGCUCCGCAAUGUCCCCCGCUGCUCAUUAAACUGCCUCUAUCCUCAAAUUCUCUCCAUCUGCUCACAUACCGACUACACAUGCUUGUGCGCCAAUUUAUCUACAAUAGCAGCAACUACACAUUUCCAAUCAUGUUUCCACCAAUGUCCCGUCAAUCCCGACCAGCGACUGACACCCAACUCCCUCCUCUCCCUCUGCGACCUCUUCAGCAUCCAUCAAACCCUCCCAGACUACAUGACCGCAAACGUUAACCUUGACCGCCGAGCCGAGUUUAUCAACGAUGCGCAGACCAUCUACUCCAUCGUGACAACAAUCUACGCUUCCACACAAUCAACAUCAUCAACCGAGGCUUCAUCACCAAUAGUCACCGAGGUCCUUACCGUGAGCGCUGAGUCCGGGGUCGGAACAACAACACAAACAAUUUUCAGUACCGCAACCGACUCUACGACAUCAGAUGACGACACACCUACAACUACUUCCGAACAACCCAACGUCGUCACAAUAACAGAAACCCGCCUCGUCUCAACAAUGCGUAUGACAUCAGUAGCGACACAAACGUCUUCCUCUAAUAACAAUAACACGGGAGGUUUGUCUACGGGCGCUAAGGCCGGGAUUGGGGUAGCGGUGCCCAUUGGCGUUGCUAUCAUCGCGCUUUUAAUAUUUGCUUGGUUUCAAAGGCGCAGGAAGAGGAAGCAACAGGCUGGUGAUGUCAGUAACAGUGAGGAAAGCGGACAGGCCACAACGAUACAGCAUGCGGAAGGCAAGGGUCCAAGUAUGGCCCAGAACAUUACGACUGUACUCCCCGAGAUCGACGGCGCACCACUCAACGAAUCUGAUAGUCGGCCCGUACAUAAUUCGGCUGAUCGGCCAGUAUUUGAGCUAAGUACUGGGUCUGUUCGAAGGCCGAGGCGGGAUGAUACACAAGAUGUAUCUGGAGCUGUUGGGGUAGAUGAAAUGAACGCUAAGCAGGGUGCUGUGGGUGGUGAGGUCGCAUCGUCAGCCUCGGUUACAUUGGGUGAAGCGCCGGCUGAGCUAUCUUCUGAUGGCGUUCGAGACGGGGAGUCGACAGCAUCAGUAGUAGCGUACGAAAGGAUGAGUUCGUCGGAAUUACAGGAAGAAUUAGCUAGAGUGGCCAGGAGUAGAGAGCGGUUGCAGUAUUUACAGACUUUAGAGGAGAGAGAGGAUAUGAUCCGGAGGGUGCUUGCAGGGCAUGGGGAGGAUAAUGUGUCGAGGGCCGAGAGUCGAAGAGAGGGUGGUAGUGGGUGA